UUUGGUGUCUUCAUAUUUUAAAGAGAACUUCAACUUUUUUCCAAAUGAAAUCAGCUAUCUGUGGAUUAUUUUUCCUCGGUCUUGCCCAAACCAUAUUCAACGAUCAGGAAGUCCACGAAAAUGAGUUCGAGACAUUUUAUUUGCUGGACAACAUAAUCAAGGAUGUGAGCGACCAAGAGCGACUCGAUCAGAUCUUGGUGGAAAAUCAGGAGCUUAUCAAUAAACUCAACGAUCGAAUUGUCUCCGAAGAAAAGACUUUUAAGAUGGGCAUAAGUGAAUCUGAUAUUGAAUGUGUGGCCAAUGAUGAUGAGGAGACGGAACGUCGCCGAGAAUGGUGCCGUAUCUGGGGCCGAGUAUUUGACGAGCCAUAUAAAAAAAAUCAUUUGUAAUAAAUAACUAUGAAUGAUUAAUAAAUCACAUUC